AGGCAACAUGGCAGCCAGCUUUAGCGCUGCGUUCUUUUUUUCUUUCGUCGUUUUACCGGUUUCACCUUCCAUGAAUUCGACGGACGCCGUCGGACUUGUAAGCGUAUGCACCCGUCUCGUGCGUUUGUGCGACCCACGACGCCCGGCACAACUUGGGACCUUCCGAAAUCUGCACGAGCCGCUGCGGAGCCGUAACGCCGCUGGAAGCGUGGCCCGAGUGCUACGGGGCCGCUGCAAAGGAUUGCCGACCUCGUGCAGCGCACCGCGUGUGCGACGGAGACGAGUCUCGGCUGAGAUGCAUGCGACUAUUGUGAUCAUCGUCCCAAGUUUCCGCGGCGGAAUCUACGCUAUUACUUGUCAGAGACGUUUUCGGCGUGCCGUGCGGGCCGUUGCAACCGAUCUACAGACUAGCGUCGGGCGAGGGACGACUACGGCGACCAUUGCUCCGAGUGCCCAUGGCAGAAUCUGUGACCAUGGGCCCCAAACCUCAAGUUUGCCGCGAGAUGCCAGCUGCACUCCUUGCCCUACCGGAGACCGUCACCAUCACAGCCGACAGCCGUCCGCAGAAUCACCACCACGAAGCGGCAGGGAGGAAGCCGGGCAGAGGUGGAAGACUUGGAGUGAAAGUGUUCGCCGACCUGACCGUCAAAUCUUCUUCAGCUGCUUUGCGUCCAAAUGCCAGUUCGAGAAAUAGCACUGCUCCAGACUCGGUCAUCUUUUUUUUUUUCGAUGUCGUUCACGAUCGGAAGAGGAGAACAGAAGAAACGUCGUGUGACUCGCGUGCACCAAUGCAAAAUCAUCCAAACUGUAUUUAGUACAUAAACGAAUAAGGCUAGAUCCUCGCGAUUCAGAACGAUCCGUGUGGCGUCACAGGUUGUGCCAGCUCCACAUGAUCAGGUCUUCGUCCUUGCGUCCCAACCUGCGUUGCAAGAAAAAAAAUACAAAUAGACGCGCGACA